AUGUCCGCUCGUUCUAAGACCAACAGUGCCCUAAAAGCUCGGAAAUCGAAACUAGAAAAACCAUUCACUUUUUGGGACCGUUCGCUUUUCUUGGGAGACAAGGCCAACGAAGUCACCGAUGAUCCAGAGUCCGACCACAACAGAUGCGGGGGGGAGGGGGCAGGCCUGGAGAGAUUCACACACCCCGCCCUCGUCCCGGGAGCCAUGGCACCCUAUAUUGACUUUAAUAUAGAUUCACCACCAGCAAUUGUCUUAAUGGACGCCCAAACGCCCGAGGAAAAUUCCCAUCAUGCAACAAAGAGGGGCUUCGUACGCAAGGGUGUUAAGGAGAGCAAGAAUGAUAUGUAUUUUUCUCGUGAGUUGGUAGCAGCUUACAUUGACCAAGAGAAAACCAAGUCUGUCAACUACCCCUCCGAUCAGUUUCUGAUUGUACAAUCCGACAUCAUGAUCGCUUUCCUCCACGAGUUGACGCACGCUACCACGAAAUCACUUUUUCAGGGGGGCCUGUUACUCCGGACAUGAUGCAUGAAUGGUCAACAGGGUGAAGUGGGAGAGGCAUUAGAGCGGGCCAUAUUCGGUGGCGUCUUAUGUGUGCAGUGGCUGCGCUGUUGACCAUGACUGGUCCUGCC